GUGACGGGUCCCUAUCGGAAGAUUUAGUUGCUCAUAGUUGGUCGGAUCGUGCAAAACUAAAUAAUACUAGUGCAUCAGAAAGUUAUCAUGAUAUAAAUAUUUGUUACUAUGGACAACAGUUUGUGAAGUUAAUUAAAAGUUUUCACGUUCACUCUCCGGUAUUGUUACUUAACGGAUAUUAGAGCCUAACCGCUCGUUACGGUGAAGUUAUUGCAUCAAGUCGUAGUGCCACGAGGAAUGGAAUAUAUCAAAAUAAAUUAUUUCCUUUAUGAAACAUGCGAGUCGUGUGCUUUAGUAAAUCGUAACUGUGUACAGAAAUAGUGUCUUCAUAAGAUGUUUAUAUCAAAUUAGUGUAAAAUGGAUUCAGAAGAGCACAUACAAACGUUUUUGAAUUGCACGCAACAGAUCCUGGGGAGGGAUUUGUCCUGGGAAAAUUUGAAUGUCACGCAAAUUUUGGACCUGCUGCCCAAACAAUUACACGAGGAUAUUUCUUUGAAGGUGACUCUCAGUAAUUGUAUGGGCUUGGGGAAGAGGCCGUAUGUCCCGCCUUGGUGGGGACAAUUAGCCUGGUUCAUUGUAUUUGCUGUUAUGCUUCUCCUGGCUGUGUUCGGAAAUACUCUUGUCAUUUGGAUUGUACUGGCACAUCGUCGGAUGAGAACGGUGACGAACUGUUUUCUAGUGAAUUUAGCAGUGGCGGAUCUUCUUAUGGCUGCAUUAAAUGGAGCACCGAACUUCGUUUUCCUGGUCACAGCGAACUGGCCGUUUGGAUCCGUGACAUGCACCGCAAGCAACUUUACAGCAAACCUCACAGUUUCGGCCGGGGUGUUCACUCUUGUCGCAAUUACUGUAGACAGAUAUGUCGCGAUUGUGAAACCUCUGCAGCACAGAUUAAGUCGGCGGAUGGCCCGCGCUGUAUUGUUAACUGUGUGGUUUGCGAGCGCGUUGCUGGCCCUGCCAAGCCUUCUUUAUUCUGACACGUACAAGAAGAAGUACAUUAACGGCGAGCGUGAAAUAUGUUUCAUGAAAUGGCCCGAUGGAAGUUACCCCACAUCAAAGACCGACUACUGUUACAACUUGGUAUUCUUGGGAGUGACGUAUGUUCUGCCAAUGUCGGUCAUGGUGUGGGCAUAUGCUCGCAUGAGUGAGGCAUUACGGGGCAGGACUAUUGGAGAGUGUACAUAUCACCAGAUGCAAGUGGUUCGAGCUAAGAGAAAGGUGGUGCGCAUGUUCGUUCUCGUGGUGAUGGUAUUCGCGCUGUGCUGGCUCCCCUACCACGCGUACUUCGUGCUCGUAUACCACCACCAGGCUCUCGCGUCAGCGCCAUUCGCACAACACAUAUACUUGGCCUUCUAUUGGCUAGCCAUGGCCAACUCCAUGUUCAAUCCGCUGAUUUAUUACUGGAUGAGUAAUAAAUUUCGGAUAUACUUUCGCUUAGUACUCUGUUGGUGUCGGACGGUGAAAACGGCCACACCAAAUGAUUUCAAGAAGCAAUUAGAAAUGAACAAGUCGUAUUCUGGAAGCCACAAACAUUACCGGGAAGCGUCUUCAUUUACAAGGGCUUGACACUCGCGUAAACGGAGCAAUAUUUCUCGCUCCUUGACUCCAAACGAAUCAAAUAAUACAUCGGUUUUAACAAAUGGGAGAACAGUAAGAACGCAUCCCUGUGGCGAAGAAGUGGAAAACUACGUGUGUGACGAUAGACUCUAAUUUUAUACAUAUUUUCCUAAUUCAGCCUUACAAAUUUGACUACUGUGUACUUUUCAAGGCCUCAACUUUAAUAUGG